AUUUGAUUAACUCCGCACUUUGAACAGGGUCACACAGAGACCAAAAGAUGAAGGAGAUGGAGGGAGAGAGCCGUACGGAGUGUUCGGUGGAGUGUCAGUCAUCCUACCAGAACAAGGAGGAGGGCGAGAGCGACAGCAAUGAAGACAAAAGUAAGGCUGUGAAUGAUGGGAGCUCCAGCAACAGCACCGUGGAAGAGAUGAGUCAUGAUGGUCGUCGUCAUCAUCAGAAGAAGCCGUCUGUGCGUCCGUACAUCAGAUCCAAGAUGCCAAGGCUUCGCUGGACACCUGAUCUUCACCUCCGCUUUCUUCAUGCUGUUGAAAGGCUUGGUGGUCAAGACAGAGCGACGCCAAAGCUGGUUCUUCAGUUGAUGAACAUUAAAGGCCUUAGCAUUGCUCAUGUGAAGAGUCAUCUUCAGAUGUAUAGAAACAAAAAGAUGGAUGAAAACGGUCAAGUGCUGGCGGAUCAUAGGCAUCUUGCGGAAUGUGGAGAGAACAAUAUUGUCUAUAAAUUCAGUCAACUGCCAAUGCUUCAAGGCUAUACUGGCCAAACUUCAAAUUUCGGAUAUGGAGAUCCCUGUUGGAGAGCUGGCGGAUACCAAAUGCAUAAGAAUUCCUUCUUCGGUCGGAGCUCAAGGGACGAAACCAGACCCGGGUUACAUGGGAGAGUUGCGGAGAUAUUAUUUGGCAGUAAAAAUGGCAUCUGGUCUAAUUUCUUGCUGGGUGCUUCCUCCUUUAGCCGCCAACCCAACUGGACCAACCAACAAGAAGUUAGGUAUCCAUACACAUCUCCACACAAUCAAGAAACCUGGAAAAAUAUCGAAAGCAGAAUGAGCCAUAUUGAGCAUCAGUGCGUCGCACAACUAGGAGCCGAAGGUGGAGAAAAUGGAAAUUUCUACAAGAGUAUCACUUCUGAAUUGAAGAGGAAGUUCGAUGUCGCGGACAUCGACCUAAAUCUCUCUCUUCAGGUGAACCAUGACCAUGGCGAAGGACAUGGGAGUUCAGAGGAGGAGAAUGAUGUCGAUAGUAGUUUGUCUUUGUCUUUGUUUUCUGCAAGAGCAUCCGAACAUAGGAAACUGAAUGAAGAAAGUAAUGAAAUUAAAGAACAUAGUGUUGGAAGGGCAAGUACUCUUGAUCUGACUCUAUGAAUGAGACCAUUCUAAGUGAGAUCUCGAGGUACUUAUCCGGAGUAAUGAUGUAGUAAUUCAUGUUUGUCUCUACAAAUUUGUGCUUUU